GGGGCGGGGCUACAUGGUAUCGGAUUAAAAAAAAAAGAAAAAAGAAAAGAAAGAAACAGCGGAAACUAAAGUUCAUGAAACUCCGAGAAUGAAUGGCACAGCUUUCUCCAACUUUGACAAUCAAGAACAUGUCCUGAAAUUAGGAGAGACCUUCGAGAAACACCCUAAAAGUGCCUACCACACAGUGCGAUAUGACUUCAAACCAGCAUCCAUCGAUACAGCAUGUGAAGGGGAGCUCGAAGUGGGCAAAGGAGAACAAGUUACUAUUACUUUACCCAAUUUAGAGGGUUCAAGUGCUCCGGUAACAGUCUUCAAGGGAUCCAAGAGGCCUUACAUGAAAGAGUGCAUCCUCAUCGUGAACCAUGACACAGGAGAAUAUCGACUGGAGAAACUCAACAGCAACAUAGCUGUGAAGAAGACCAGGGCUGAGGGCAGCAGUAAGAUUCAUUCUCGCCUGGACCAACAGACCAGUCGCCUGAGCCAGCAGAUGAAGAGCAGCAGCAGCGGCGGCGGCAGCAGCAACAAGACCUCAUCCAGCUCCAAGAGUUCUCCCCCCAAAGAGAAGAGAGAGGCUUCCCCAGCCUCCCCCAUGGACGACAUUGAGAGAGAGUUGAUGGCGGAGGCCCGGGUCAUGGAUCAGAUGAGCAGCGGCGACAGCUCCUCGGACUCGAACAGCUCGUCGUCCUCCAGCAGUGACGACAGCUCCAGCAGCAGCGACUCAGAAGACGAACGCAUUGUUGCUGCGCCUCUCUCGGCCCCGGCCAACCCGAGCAUGCCCAUAAUCACCACCAGCACCAACAGUCGCCACCAGGAGAGCGGAGGAGGCCUCAUGAACACGCUCAAGAACGACCUCCAGCUGAGUGAAUCCGGCAGCGAGAGUGACUGAAAAAACACGAGGAGCUCGGAGGGUUUUCAGCCAGUCGCUGACACGUUGUCGGUUUCCUGCUUCGUUUAAUGUCAAAGUGUCGUCUCUCCAUAUCCACACUUCUCCUAGUAAAUCUAAUGUGUUGCUUUUCUGCCACCAAACCUUAUGUUCGUUGCUUUUUUGUGCGAGUGCGCGCGUGUGUGCGAAGACUACGUCGAAGAGACGCUUGAGUUCAGACAGAUGUGAUGUUGUUUUGCGUAAGAGAUGUGGUAAAAAAUAUGUCAGACUAUUUGUGAUGUAUCUCACUGGAUGUUUUUUCGCGUGGUGACCAAGAAAAUGUGAGAGGCAGGAAGGCGUUCACGCUGUGCAGAUGGAUGUUUCCGCCCGUCGGUCGGUCGUCUCAAACCACCACCUUUGUUUCUUCAUUUUUCGACAACAUUAGCAACGUUAGUUGUGCCUUAGGUCAGAUUUCUGCUCGAGCUUCAGUUACUACUUUUCGAUUGAAAACUUUAAAACUGCCAUAACGGAAAUAUGUCUCGGAUGAGCCACACUGAUAUGACAGUUUUAUGCUUUUUACAUUAAAGGUUAAUUGUUUUUGUUUAGGAUUAUUUGCAGCAAACAUUAAUUUAAAGCUGCAGUAAUUUAAAUUCCUUUCGGCCGCAUUAAAGGCAACAGAACAAGCUGUAAACUUAACAUUUAUAUUUUGGCAAGUGUUUAGUUAAGUCAAAGAUCAAAAUUGGAAUCCAGUCGUUAUGUUUUCUUGCAUCACUGAUAUUCACUCUCAGCUCUUUGGCUUCCGGAUGCUCCGCUGUGUUUCCCCGAUAUCUCAGAACUUUGUUGUUUGUUGGGCGGAAAAACCAAAACAAUCAGCUGAAAGAUGCUAAAGUUCUCCAUGGAGCGUAACCAAAUGCUUACGUGUAGCUUCACAAUCCUCCCACAGAUCUACUCGUUAAUAUCAAAUACUGAUUAUUGCAGCUUUAAGUAAAAAAAUGUCUCUUAAGUUGAGGAUGAUUUCGUAUUUAAGUUGAUUUCUGGCGAAGUAGUGCACUAGUGCUCAGUUGGCUCAGAUAGGGUCGCGCUUUGUAGCUUUAAACCUGCAAUACUUGAAUCUGAUUAUUUAUAUUUCUAAAUAUACGCAGCCGAUGGUGAAUUGCUUAUAUUUUAUAUAUAUUUUAAUAUCGAAGCAAUCUGAAGUGCAGGUUAGUUGGAGCUGUCGCUGAUGCUGCAGCUCGGCGUGAGUCUUAAAGAACUUCAUGUGCCUUUGGUUAUUUUCCUCAGCCAGUGAUAACGAAGGCCCUAUUGCAACAUACGGGAAAGCUGCUGUUCUUUUAUUUUUUUUUUUUGUUGUUGUCGUCGUUUUUGCGUUGUUUUGGAAUCUGACUGAAAACAGCGACAGAAUGAGAACGUGUCUUUGAAGUUGAGAAGUUAAAUAUGCAUUUAGGCUUCAGGAGAAAGGUGACGCCGGAGAGUCAUUUGUACAUUCUAUAAGAGUCAUUUCUUUGUAGAAAAAUAAAGAUUUUACUUGUU